ACAACAACUAUCCUUCUCCCGGCAAUUUUUGCCCCAGACAUCAAUAAAAACUCGAUAUGGCGAACGUUUUGAGUGGAAAAGAAGUUGCCCAAGAGAUCCGUAACCAGAUAAAGGAAGAGGUAGCAGCUAUCCAGGUAUCAGAAUGUCCUUCUUUCAAGCCUGGCCUGUCGAUAGUCCAGGUUGGUGAUAGAGAUGAUUCCAAUGUUUACAUCAGGAUGAAACUGAAGGCAGCAGCUGAGUGUGGAGUCAAUGCACAACAUCUCAAAUUACCAAGGACUAUUACCGAAAGGGAGUUGAUGAACCAGGUCGAGGCAUUGAACCUUGAUCACACAGUGCAUGGAAUUAUUGUUCAGCUGCCUCUUGAUACAGAUAGUCCUAUUGAUGCUCAUAAAGUCACAAAUGCCAUAGCCCCAGCCAAAGAUGUGGAUGGCCUUGGAGAGGACAAUGCAGGCAAGUUAUCAAGAGGUGAUUUGACUGAUUGCAUCCCACCAUGCACCCCUCGCGGAUGCCUAGAACUCAUCCGAAGGACUGGCGUCAAGAUCGCUGGCUCACAGGCUGUUGUGAUUGGCCGCAGUAAGAUAGUUGGUGCUCCAAUGAGAGAUUUGUUGACCUGGGAGCAUGCCACAGUCACCUGCUGUCAUUCUAAAACACAGGACCUUAAAGCUGAGGUGAGUCGAGCAGAUAUCCUGGUUGUGGCCGUUGGGCGUCCUCAGAUGGUGAAGGGAGACUGGAUUAAGCCAGGGGCGGUCAUCAUCGACUGUGGCAUCAACUCCAUUCCAGAUGCCACGAAAAAGAGUGGUCAGCGUCUUGUCGGUGAUGUUGAUUAUAAUGAAUGCAAGGAACAUGCUUCGUGGAUUACUCCUGUUCCUGGAGGUGUGGGGCCCAUGACUGUGGCUAUGUUACUCAGGAAUACAGUAGAUGGUGCAAAGAAAUGCCUGACGAUUUCAAAGGUUGGAAAGUGGGAUUUGUCACUGCUGAAGUUGAAUCUGCUUCGUCCUGUUCCCAGUGAUAUUGACAUCGCAAAAGCUCAAGUCCCAAAGAACAUCGGAGAUCUAGCAGAUGAGGUUGGCCUCCAUUCGGAUGAGGUUGACCUCUAUGGCAAGAAGAAGGCAAAAGUAUCGCUGAGUGUACUGAAUCGGCUUCAGGAUCAAAAGAAUGGAAAGUACGUUGUUGUGACUGGAAUUACACCGACACCACUUGGAGAGGGCAAAAGUACUACCACCAUUGGUUUAUGCCAGGCAUUAGGAGCCCAUCUGGAGAAAAAUGUGUUCGCUUGUGUACGACAGCCAUCACAGGGUCCCACCUUUGGAAUUAAAGGUGGCGCUGCCGGUGGUGGCUAUUCGCAAGUCAUUCCCAUGGAAGAAUUCAACCUCCACUUGACUGGAGAUCUCCAUGCCAUAACUGCUGCCAACAACCUUCUCGCGGCUGCAAUUGAUGCCAGGAUGUUCCAUGAGUCAACGCAGACGGAUUCUGCCCUAUAUAGCCGCUUGGUACCAAAAAAGAAGGGCUCAAGGGAAUUCUCUAAAAUUCAGCUGUCCAGGUUGCAGAAAUUGGGCAUAAAAACAACCAAUCCUGAUGAAUUGACAGAAGAUGAGAUCCAUGAGUUUGCUAGACUUGACAUUGACCCUGAAACUAUCACAUGGCAGAGAGUCAUGGACACGAAUGACCGAUUCCUCCGUAAGAUUACAAUUGGUCAGUCACCGACAGAGAAGGGUAAAACACGAGAGACCCAGUUUGACAUCACGGUAGCCAGUGAAAUCAUGGCAGUGCUUGCUUUGACAACCGGUUUGCAGGACAUGAGGGAGAGGCUGGGGAAGAUGGUGGUAGCCAGUGAUAAGAAGGGACGCCCAGUCACUGCUGAUGAUGUGGGUGUUAGUGGUGCUCUUGCUGUACUAAUGAAAGAUGCCAUUCGACCAAACCUGAUGCAAACAUUAGAGGGAACACCAGUAUUCGUCCAUGCUGGUCCUUUUGCCAACAUCGCCCAUGGCAACUCUUCCAUUCUAGCUGAUAAGAUUGCUCUCAAAUUGGUUGGCGAAGACGGCUUUGUUGUUACUGAAGCCGGUUUCGGUUCAGACAUCGGUAUGGAGAAAUUCUUCGACAUUAAGUGUCGUUACUCCAGUUUAGUUCCCAAUGCUGUUGUGCUGGUCGCCACGAUACGAGCCCUGAAGAUGCACGGCGGUGGGCCGACGGUCACUGCUGGUGUGCCUUUACCCUCGGAAUACACAUUAGAGAAUCUUGACCUUGUGUUGAAGGGGACUGCCAACCUCAAGAAACAUAUCCAAAUAGCUCGAACCUUCGGUAUCCCGGUGGUCGUAGCGAUCAAUGGUUUUAACACUGACACGCCAGCCGAGCUUGAGCUUGUCCAGAAGGAGGCGAGAGCAGCAGGUGCUUUUGAUGCGAUCAUUUGUCAGCAUUGGGCAGAUGGUGGCGCCGGUGCCAAGGACUUGGGGGAAGCAGUCGACAGAGCCUGCAAGGAACCAAAUGACUUCAAAUUCUUGUACGACCUCAGUCUCUCCCUGGAGGAGAAGAUAGAAACUAUUGCCAAACAAGUUUACGGUGCUGAUGGGAUCGAUAUAUUGCCAGAUGCCAAGAAACAACUUGACACUUACAAAAGACAGGGUUUCUCUGGAUUGCCCAUCUGUAUGGCCAAGACUCACUUGUCGCUGUCUCAUGAUCCUUCCCUGAAGGGAGCCCCGACAGGGUUCACAGUUCCCAUCAGAGAUGUCCGUGCUAGUGUCGGUGCUGGAUUCAUCUAUCCAUUACUCGGAACCAUGAGUACAAUGCCUGGCCUGCCAACUCGUCCAUGCUUCUAUGAUAUUGAUAUCGACCCAGAGACAGAAGAAGUGCUGGGACUCAUGUAAACGACCCACUUGUGCCAGUUGGACUUUAAAAUACCAUAUCAGAAUAAUUAUGCCCCCCGACGUCUGAAGAGAGAUGGGGGCAUAAUGUUUUCACCCUGGCUGUCCAUUUGUCUGUCUGUCUGUCUGUCUUGGUAUUUAUGAUGAAUUUCAUUUCUGAUUGUGUCCAGAUGAUAUGUAUAGAAGUUCUCUUUACUGUUGCAGAUUAAUCCUCUCCUCAGUAUUAAGUCUCAGAAUUCAUUCAUUACUGUAUUAUUGUUUACUCAUGAAGAAAGUCAUAAAUUGCAUUUAGGCUUAUGUUAGUGAUGAUAGAAAUGAUAAAGAUUUGUCGAUUUAAGGUGAACUUCUUGUUAUCAUGAAGUAAACACUGUAAUAUGUAUUUGAUUUCAUAUCAUAUCAUGAAAAGUUAUUUGAAAAAAAAUAAAUUUCUUGAUCUAUGAUGCAGUACU